AUGUUCUCGUUACCUCAAGGGUCCUCAUCGGGCUCCCAAGAGGGUACAACUGAGACCAAUACCAUUGCCUUACCAAUGCUCACGCGCGAGCACGUCCUCGUCGUUGAGAUCUUUCUCUUCCGGAACCGGAACCUCUACCUUCUGGGCAACUUCGAACGUCUGAAGCUUCUUCUGCAUGUCGCCGACGCCUGGGAUUUUGAUGAGGCGCGCGACUAUGUGCGUGUACAGCUUCCUCGUUGCGCUCAGUGGAGCACCGUCAUCCAGCUCACACUGGCACUUCGGUACCAUGAGGAUGUUUGGUUCCGCGUCGCGUUUGAGAUGCUGGUAUGGCAAAAGGCGUCAGAUCUCUUAGUGAACGAGCGCGAGAUGUUGGGACAUGCUAUGCUCCGCAUUCUGGACACAGCACGUGAAAGCAUCGACGAUCACCGCAAGAUUCUAGCCUGUUCACGGCUCCCGUAUAUGCCAGGACCUGAGUGCAGCAAGCCGGCAGGCCAGUGCGAGGCUGUUCUGGCGCAAGCAUGGUCAGACGUUGGGCCGAAUAUGCUCUGCAGUCCUGUUGGAGCUAUACGUGGCAGGGAUAUUGUGGAAAAGCUGGAUCAGAUACUCACGAGUCUCACGGAGAUAUGUGGUGGUUGUCAGGUGCAUUCCUUAGACUACAUCCGGAUGCGCCGGCAGUUCAUUCGGGAAGAUGAGAUUCUGGAAGAUUGUGUGACGGAGGCUUGGAAGCUUUAA